CAUGAACAAAUUCUGAACCCAAGGAAGGAAAAUUGGGAUUUUUAAGAAUUUUUGUGUGGCGCAGCAGGCUAGAAGAAGUUUUAUGAAAAAGAGUGAGAGUGCAGAGAAGAUGUUGUACGUGUUUGACUUGAAUGGAGUGCUUGGGUAUGUUGAUACAGGCAAGAAUUAUGAAGCCAUGCAGAAGUUUUAUACGAGAGAACCUGAUUUUAAGGAGGGGGGUUGUAGAGUGUGGCAUAGACCAAAUCUUGGAAAAGUAGCGAAAGAUAUGUUGAUAAAGCAGAGGGGAAAGGUCAAUAUUGGAAUAUGGUCGUGCCAGAAUAAAGAGAAUACAGAGAAGCAAUUGAAAGCAUUCUUUGGAAGAACAUACUCCCACUUGCUCUUUGUCUUCUACUCCAGCAAUAGAGAGCAGGUGACUCAAUCAGAUUCCAUUCAUGAUAUUGAACCAAUUCCAAUGAAGAGAGAUUUGAAAAUGAUCUAUGACAAGUAUUCUUUCCACAAUGAAGAGAACACUGUAAUGAUUUCUAACUUUCCUAAUGAGCUUGAUGAUUAUCAUUAUAACGAGAUAGUUUUGCCUCUUUACGAUCCUUUAAGAGGGCAGACUGAUUUUGAAGAUGAUAAACAUAUGAGUUACUUAGAGAAAUAUAUCAAUGGUCUGCAUGCAAUGGAUACUUACAUAGGUACCGACGUGAGAGCUAAGAUUAAUAAUAUCUCAUACAAGAAAUUCAUUCAGAAAUAUACAAAGAAGAUAAGAUAUGAUAGUAACUCCUUCUCAAGUGGAAAUGCGGGUAGCUUUUAAUAACUUAAUUAUGACCUUUCAAUC